AUGGCAGAACAGCAGCAAGUCGAAGAUGUCGCCGCUGGUGAUGUGGCGCAGAUUACAGUUUCGUCGCGCAUUCCCGAUUUUUGGCAGGACUCGCCACGGAUGUGGUUCAUCCAAGCAGAGGCGGUACUAUAUAACCAGAGGCUAAGCGAUGCGGCGAAGUUCCAGCUGGUCAUAGCAAAAUUAGGGAAACAGGUUAUCACACAAGUAACCGACAUUCUGCUUAACCCGCCAGAGAGCAACGAAUAUGAAGCUCUCAAAGCUAGGCUUCUCAAUAUUUAUGAGGAGUCGAAGAGUCGCCAGAUACUCAUCGGAGAAAUAGAUCUCGGCGACCAAAAGCCGUCACAAUUAUUACGGCGUAUGCAGGACUUGGCCCGUGGUAAGGUGAGCGACGACACGCUGAACAUUCUAUGGCAAAAUCAUCUCCCACCGUCAGUACGAGCUGUCUUGGCAGUGUCGGAUACCAAGGAUGUAAAUACCCUAGCUACUAUCGCGGAUAAGGUGAUGGAAUCAAUCACGCCCGUCAACAUAGCCGCCGUAGGUUCCAGCACACCGGGAUGUACUUCAGAUGCGGUCAGUAUCAUUGCGGAGAUCGCCAAAAUUAAUCUCCGCCUGAAUAGUAUGGAGAAGUCCAAUUUUCGUCGCAACCGCGCUCAGUACCCUGAUAUCACCAAACCCGUGUCGUUUAAGGAUCCACCCAAGCACGCUGUCUACCAUCAUAAAAGACGGAGGGCCCGCCCGUACACCAGAGAGUGA